AUGGAGAAAAAGCCAGAUAUAGCUAACGGUUUCCACAAGGGACCUAAGGAAGAUGUGCAGGCUUUUUGGCAAGAGGUGGCUUCUAAUUUAAAUGCACUUGGUCCACCAUCUAAGGACUCACAUGCGUGGAGAAAAGUUUGGAUUGACUGGAAGUGCUACAUCAAACGCAAGCUGACCAGCAAUAAAAAGGAAAUGCUGAGCACAGGGGGAGGGCAAUGUCGUCUACAACGCAUAAGUCCACUGGAGGAGAAAAUUGUGCGCUUAACAGGGUUAGAAAUAAGUACAAGUGGGAUACAAAAUACCUUCGAUUAUGGCGAUAGCACGCAAGACGCAGCCCGAACCUCCGAAAAGGACAUUUCGGCACAAUCAGACCAUGUGCCGUCAACCAGCAGAGCUGCUUACAGAGAGAGACGACCAGAAAAGGAGAGCGCAGCAUCAUUACUAAGGGAGCAACAAGAUCUUCAGAAAGAAUUUUAUGCCGAAACAAAACUUCAUUAUGAAUCUAUAGAUGGCAAAAUGAAGGAAACGGUAACAUAUUUUAUAUAUUGA